GGCCAUGGCCAUGGCCAUGCCCAUGCUGAGUGGAGCAGCAGCGGCUGUGGCCCGGCGCUGCGGCCUCGGGCCCGGCCCCGGCGGGGGAAAGGUGGCAGCGCGACUGUGUUGCAGCGCAGCGCGGCGGCGGGAGUGGGUGCCGCCGGUGGGGCGGGACAGCGGGAUCGUGGCUUACAACAGCCGCAGCCGGACCAAGGAACCGCUCGUACUGGCCAAGGACCGAGUGGCGACCUGGUACAGCUGCGGGCCGACCGUGUACGACCAUGCACACCUCGGGCACGCCUGCUCCUAUGUUAGGUUUGAUAUAAUUCGAAGGAUAAUGACUAAGUUUUUUGGAAUUGAAGUUAUCAUGGUGAUGGGGAUCACGGACAUAGAUGACAAGAUAAUAAAAAGAGCCAAUGAGAUGAAUAUGUCACCAGUAGCUCUUGCUCGUAUUUAUGAAGAAGACUUCAAACAAGAUAUGGCUGCCUUAAAGGUCCUUCCUCCUACAGUGUAUAUGAGAGUGACUGAAAAUAUUCCUCAGAUAAUUUCCUUUAUAGAAACAGUAAUUGCUAAUGGCCAAGCCUAUGCAACCUCACAAGGCAAUGUUUAUUUUGAUGUUAAGUCUUGGGGAAAAAGAUAUGGAGUAUUAACUACUAUUUCUUCUGAUAUCCAAGAUGAAGCAGUUAAUACUGAUAAGCGACAUGGUAGAGAUUUUGCCCUGUGGAAGGCUGCUAAACCUCAAGAGCUAUGUUGGACUUCUCCCUGGGGAAAAGGAAGACCUGGAUGGCACAUAGAGUGUUCCACAAUAUCAAGUGCAGUGUUUGGAAAGCAGCUGGACAUCCAUACUGGUGGAAUAGAUCUUGCAUUUCCUCAUCAUGAAAAUGAAAUCGCACAGUGUGAGGUGUAUCAUCAGUGUGAGCAAUGGGGGAAUUACUUUUUGCAUUCUGGGCAUUUGCAUGUUAAAGGAAGUCAAGAAAAAAUGUCCAAGUCAUUAAAAAACUACAUAACAGUUAAGGAUUUCCUGAAGAAAUUUUCAUCGGAUCAAUUCAGGAUGUAUUGUUUGCGCAGCAGAUACAGCUCAGCAGUAGAAUUCAGUGAUGAGAGCAUGGAUGAUGCAAAGAACCUUCUUCAGGCAAUCUCCUCAUUUAUUAAAGAUGCAAAUGCUUAUAUAAAAGGACAGCUGAUAUGUGACCCUGUUAGAGAAGACAUACUGUGGGAAAGGCUAGCCAACACAAAAGUAACCGUGAAGGCUGCAUUUGCAGAUGACUUUGACACCUCCAGGGCUGUUGCAGCAAUUAUGGACCUCAUUCACCAUGGCAACAGACAGCUUAAGGCUGUUACUAAGGAUGCUGGAUCUCCUAGAAGCUCUGUUGUGUAUGGAAGCAUUAUUUCCUAUAUAGAAGGCUUUUUUAAUGCCCUUGGGAUGUCCUUUGGAGAAAGAGAGGUGGCUCUGAGAGGGGACAACUCUGCUGUGCUCUCCAAUGUCAUUGAUGAGCUCGUACAGUUCCGCACAAAGGUCCGUCAUUAUGCACUUGCUCUGCCGGAGGCAGCAGGGACUGCAUCAGUGGAGGGUGAUGCAGGAGCCAAAGGAUCAAAACCGGAAGAGAAGGAAAAGAGGCAGCAGCUAAUGCGGGAGAGAAGACCCCUGUUGGAGGCCUGCGACAGUCUGCGUGAAGACCUUGUUGCCUUUGGAAUCCACAUAAAGGACAGAGCUGCUGUUUCAACGUGGGAAAUGGCGGAAGGAGGAGGGCAAGCAGAGCAGCAGGCUCAAGAAAAAAGCUGAUUCUUUGUUCUUGGAUCUGUGAAUUUUUUUUUUUAUUUCAGCUGCUUUGGCAACAGUUGUAAAUACUAGUAUUUCCAAAUAAAACCUUCGGACCAGAA